AUGACCUGUAGUGACACAGAGUGUAGUGGUGAUAUAACUAGUGGUGACACAGAGGGUAUUGGUGAGAUGACCUGUAAUGACACAGAGUGUAGUGAUGAGAUGACCUGUAAUGACACAGAGUGUAGUGAUGAGAUGACCUGUAGGAACAAAGAGUGUAGUGAUGAUAUAACCAGUAGUGACACAGAGUGUAGUGGUGAGAUGACCAGUAAUGACACAGAGUGUAGUGGUGAGAUGACCUGUAGUGACACAGAGUUUAGUGCUGAUAUAACGAGUAGUGACACAGAGUGUAGUGGUGAGAUGACCAGUUAUGACACAGAGUGCAGCGGUAAGAUGACCAGUUGUGACACAGAGUGUAGUGGUGAGAUGACCAGUAGUCACAAAGAGUGUAGUGAUGAGAUGACCAGUUAUAACACAGAGUGUAGUGAUGAGAUGACCAGUUUUGACACAGAGUGUAGUGUAGUGACACAGUGUGGUGAUGAGAUGACCAGUAAUGACACAGAGUGUAGUGGUGAGAUGACCAGUAGUGUCACAGUGUGUAGUGGUGAGAUGACCAGUAGUGCCACAGAGUGUAGUGGUGAGAUGACCAGUUAUGACACAGAGAGCAGCGGUAAGAUGACCAGUUGUGACACAGAGUGUAGUGGUGAUAUGACCAGUAGUGACAAAGAGGGUAGUGAUGAGAUAACCAGUAGUGACACAGAGUGCAGCGGUAAGAUGACCAGUAGUGACACAGAGUGUAGUGAUGAGAUGACCAGUAGUGACAAAGAGUGUAGUGAUGAGAUGACCAGUUAUAACACAGAGUGUAGUGAUGAGAUGACCAGUUAUGACACAGAGUGUAGUGAGUGCAGUGGUGCGAUGACCUGGAAUUACACACUGUGUAACGAUGAGAUGACCUGUAAUGACGCAGAAUGUAGUGAGUGUGGUGGUGAGAUGACCUGUUAUGACACAGAGUGUAGUGAUGAGAUGGCCUGUAGUGACAAAAAGUGUAGUUUUGAUAUAACCAGUAGUGACACAGAGUGCAGUGCUGAUAUAACCGGUAGUGACACAGAGCGUUGUGGUGAUAUAACCAGUAGUGCCACAGAGUGUUGUGGUGAUAUAACCAGUAGUGACACAGAAUGUAGUGAUUAG